UCAAACUGUGUGAGAGAAAAAAAAUAGAGUGAUUUUCCCACAAAAGCCAAUCAAAGCUCAACUAACACACUGAGUAUACAGAAGAAUAGAUAUUGCACAAUACAGAAAAACCUGAGAGCUACAAGACUGCGAUGUGUAGAGCUACAGGCACUGAAGCAGGACUGCAGUGCAUUGUGUCCUACACCUCUGACCUAGGAGAGACAUCAUGGAAACUAUUAAUCCAUCACAUUACCCGGCCUCUAGAGCAGCAGGUGUGGCUGGGGACUACAUCAACUACAAACUAGGGGGGCCACACCGGCUUUAUGAGCAGCAGCAGGUGACAAGUGCCAGCAAGGAGAGAAUUGAAGGAGUGGGAAAUAAGUAUCGCUUGGAAUUUGCUAUAAAGGAUUCCCUGAAUGAGCACCCACAAAUAAAGUGUACUGCGGAGGUCCUCUACUAUACAAAUAAUCAGCAAUCUGCUCCAAAUGUGACCUACAAACUAGAGGGUGAGCCACAGAACUACACCGCACAAAAAGACAAGGAAUUCUACAACAAAAUGAAGAGUCGCUCUGAGCCGCUAACUGGAGAAGACAUUCCAGAUAAAUUUGGCAACAUUGCACCCGAUAUGGAGCCCAUCCUGCACCUGGCACAGGCAGCUAGUGGUUUUGUCAAGUGGCAGAACUCCGCAGAAGAAACAUUUUACCGAAUGGCCAUCAUUAAGAGUGUCAAACAGGUGAUAAGCGACAAUGCUGCCCUGGAAUUACAUUACAUUAUGCUGAUCCAUGAUAUGGUUUCACAGGAAAUUAUACCCUGGUCAAUGGAAGUUUUAUGGGACCUAUCAGAAGGACUAAGGGUCAAUAAUCACCAACGUCUGCCAAAAAUCAACCCAGAUGAGACCAGCAGCUGACGGGAGCUCAGACGUCACCCAGAACAUUAUAUAUUCCAAACAAUACUCACGGAACAGGUCUUGCAACAGUCUCUCGGAAGGCAACUUUAGGUUUUCCAAUAGUACAAGGACAGUCAUAUUCCCUUUCCAGUCUCUGAAUGAAAAUAAUGACAAAUUUUGCAAAUAAAAUGUUUAUCAAUCCUAUGAUGGGCAAGUAGAUAAGAAGACACUACAGUCUGGCUU